GGUCGCACCAUGUCCGGCCGGGUCGUCCGCGUGGCUAGAAGUCGGCCUCCGUAGAUGAGUGAUUUCGAGCAGUCCGCUUCGAGCCAGCAACGGCGGUUUUGCGUCACUUUGCCGACGCAUCAGGUAGGGGGCUCCGUUUUGUAGUUUGGCCCGUUAUACGAGGCGCUACCCGCCUAGCCUUUCAUGCUGCGCAUCUCCUGUCCGUCUGCGUGCAAACCUUUUUCUCUCCUUCACACUUGCUUCGACUACACACGCUCCUUUGCUUUUCUCCUUCUACGCUGCUGAGCAGCUAUUUUGUCGGGUUUCCUGCCUGUACUUGGUGAACGGCUGCGGUAGUAUCGCUGGACGAGCCCAGGACGCCCUACCUCAACCCUCAUUCGACGAAAAAGUGCACGUCCUUGGCGAUCGACAUGCGGCUCGAGGCCACGAUUGUGAGCGUGUUCUUCGCUGGACACCUUGGCUUGGCUCUGGGAAGUGAAAUAGACGCUGCUGCAGCGCUUCAUCCUAGAAAUGCCGACCCGGAUGAGCACAUGCGGAGGGAGGCGAAUGCGGUGCUGCACGAGUUUGGCAAGAGGGGCGAUGUCUUCAAUGCCCCAGGUGGAAUAUGGCCCACAGUGGUAGUGCCAGCAGGCUACACCCUGGCUGCUGGUGUUAUGCUAACUACCGCAUCUGUGACGACGACGACGGCUACAGCAGCCGCUUCCGCCGCCGCUGCCACCAGUUCUGGCGCCGCACUCGUCGAAGCGGCCAAGAGUGUCAAUUCGACCCAAUGGACAGCGGAGGCGGAGAGCUCUUGCAUGACAGCGGUCAUGAACCUGAAGGGACAGGCAUCGAACCCAGCAGGGCUUGCCGUGUGCUACAAUGUGCCCUAUCUCGACCAGCAGAAAGGCGUCUUCGAGGCGGAGCUGCGAAUGUACAACGUAUGCGCGCCUACAGGCGACUUUGUGGGCAUUCCUGCCACGGACAUGAUGGUCACACUAUCCUAUGCAGGCGCGACUAUCCAGCAGUUGAACGGCAGCCAAGUCCCUGUCAAGCGCUCAAUUGUGGAAAGACAAAUGUUCACGACGACGUCGAGCGUCGCGACGACCACGUCUGUCGCUGCGACAAACGGAAUCAUGAUGCCGGUGCAAGUUGCCGUUCGACAAUACGUGGGGCAAGUGAAUAAAGAUCUUUUGGCUCAAGGAAUGAACACCACCGAGUAUCAGGCCGUCCUCGUGCCCCAGAUCUCCAUCUCAGGCAUGAAUCCUGUGUCGCAAAAGUCCGUCAACACCACCCUCUCUUCGACGGAAGCCUCCUUCAAUGCCGGUGUCUUUGUAAAAGCUGCAACCAAUGCAAACGAUCCGCAAUCCAUCCUCGGAAAACCCGCCGAGGAGAUCGCAGCCGCGGCAGCUGGCUUGCCCACGCCUUUCGUUGUGCCAGGCUUGGCUCUUGGUGUUUUCCCAACUGGUCUCAUCGUCACCAGUAUAUGGACGGCCAUCUUCCUCGGCGUCGUUGGCUAUGGCACGUUUGGCAGAAUUCAGUACCGAACGCAGUACAGAAUGGCGGUGAAAGCUCAGGGCGAGGAGAGACAGAGACGGAUUUAAAAGAAAAGAAAGAAAUCUAUUUUAAAAUGGGAGACAACCCGAACUUUAUUUUCCGAGGCGCAACAGAGUCCCGUUCUAUGGAUACCCGUACAAUUCACCUUCUUUCCCCGGCUUCCACAUACAAUGUCUUUUUUUAAACUCACACGCUCUUGUCGAUAAGUACGUAACCGUUAGAUUAGAGCUUCCAAUGUGUAUAUUUCUCUGGACGUUGUGUCACCAAAUCGUCCAAUCCCAUAUUCUAAUCCC